AUGGUAAGAAAUAGUCGCCAACCAGAGGAAAAUCCAAUUCAGUCACCAACUAUAAUGGAGGACAACAGCAAGCUAAGUUAUGAUGCUGUGGAAAGUUUUGCAGAUGUGUUACAAGUAGAAUGGGCAAAAGGAAAAGAAAAAAUUCAGACUCUAGAAAAUGAAAAUAGAAAUUUAAAAGAACAAUGUAUGCUUCUAGCAACAACUAAUUCAAAUUUAGGAGAGGAUGUAAAUAAGGCCAACCAACAGUUACGUGAGGCUCGUGAAAUGCGACAGCAGACUAUAAGGCGAAGUCAUCAACACGUUAUAGAGUUAGAGAAACGUGUUGCAGAAGCAGAAUUAAAUCUAAACAAAUCCAUGCCAUGUCAGACUGUCCCACAUUUAGAAUUGAAGGUUUGUCAUCGAAAUAUUUUAGAGUGGUUAAAAAACACUAAGUGUAGAUCAUCAACAGCUCUUUGUGACUGGAAUGAUUUAUGUGAUAAAGUGUUGCUUUUGUGGCAAAACUGUGAUAAACCUGAAUCUUUGGACGAACCAAAUCGUGAAUGGAUUGAAGACUGUGAUUAUUCUGUUAUUGGUGAACAGCCUAUAAAUCACUUUGGAGAUGGGUGUAGAGAUGGUUCAAGCUCUCUUGUCUUUAGAAUUCAACAUAAAUCAAAAUUUUAUAUUGUAAAGAUGAUGAUUAAUUUGAUCAAUCUCCAGUUUGUUGGUCAUAAUGAGGGACACAGCAUUGACCAGUAUUUAGAGAAUAAUUUUGGCCCUGAAUAUCUGAUUCCAUUGUAUGUUUCUGGUCACCCAAACAUAGUUCCAGUUUUACAUUACUAUCAAGGUUCAACAGACAAAUUUCAGAAAUUCCAAAAGUUAAUAGUCCCUCACAAUUUUGAUGUUCCAAUAGAAAUGGCUUCAAGAACAACUUUUCUGGUACUGCCAGAAUAUCCAAUUACAUUGAAGACUUUUAUGUUAGAUUUAAAAGACAGGCCUGCCCAGUCUCUGUAUGGUUUGUCAGAACUGUUUCUAUUGCAAUUACUAUACCAAUUACUAUCCUCCAUUGUAUUCCUACGAACCAAAAAAAUAGUUCAUCGUGAUAUAAAAGCUGACAAUGUUUUUCUGGAUAACUAUUUGAGACCUGUUUUGGGAGAUUUUGGUUUUGCACGUAAACUGUACAACAGUGAAGGGAAAGCAGUGAGAUUUCGAGAUAAGUCAGAAGUGGCUGCUGGGAAUUCUCAUGCCUGGGCACCAGAGAUUUGUCGUUAUUCCAGAUAUGAUCCACAACAUUUACCUCAAUCUGUAUUACUGGAAGAUAUUUAUAAUAAAUCUGAUGGUUACGCAGUCUCUAGAAUGUUUUAUAGUAUUCUUCAACCUCCAAAUACCCCCGAUACUUUCCCUACUUCCUCCGUUAAUGUACCUCAUUAUCAGAAUUCGCAGAUACCAAACCUACCAGACACACUGACUGCCGAAGUUAGAAGUAUUCUACGCGAUCUGGUAUUAAAUGAUCCCAUUGAUAGACCAACAGUCAAACAAGCUAUGUUUAGAGUUGGUUGUAUGUUAUUUUCACCCAGUCAAGAUGAAGUUACCUCCUUUCAACAACUCAAACAGUAUCAUGAGGCUCGAUUAAUAACACUGGCUGCCAUUGACUCAAAACACUGGAAUUGCAGAAUGACUAAAGAAAAGAUAUCAAUAGAAGAGAGUACAGAGAUAAAUAGCAUUCAAAUUGAAGCUCAUUUUCUCACUAAUAUAAGGUCAGAGGAAUUUUGGGAAAUCCACAGAACAAGGACAUUAGUAGAUGAGAGGAAUGGUCAAUCAUAA